AUGGAUCUUAUCCAACCUUCGUUAUCUUCCCAGCCCGCGCAAAGGGAGUGCAUGCACGCGGUCAGUCCCAAGGACCAGGUGCCGUCUCAGUCGCCCGAAUCCGUCGUCAGGGAUCGUCGACAUCAGAAGCAUCGUCGCCAGGUCCUAGGCUCGCGGCAUGGCACGCCGGCGCCCAUCCGUCCGUCCGUGCUCGAGUCGCGAGCGUCUGGCCCUCCCUCGCUCACCGUUGACCCCGCUUUAGUCACACUCGCAGCAGAAGGGGGGGGCGAAGCUGAAGCGGCGUCGAAUUCUUGGGACGGGUUCUCGUUCCCCGCCACGCCGAGCACCUGCGACGGCGAUCUUUCGCCCACCUUCUCGCCCAGGGUUUUCUCGCCUGGUAGAAACAUUUCGCCUCAUGGUUCUUCGCCAGCCUUUUCGCCAAAAACUCCAUCGCCGCGGUUACCAACUGGCGCUGCGCAUGGAGCUGCUCCCGGCAAUGGGCACGCGAUGGAGAGCCAACGGCGCGCGUUUUCCGGGUGUCGACGUGGCGCCGUGCCGCCGACUCGCCUGCAGCGCGACGCCGCGCUGGUUGGCUCUCCACGCGGCGACGCGCCAACUUCCUCCAAGGCGCAAGGUCCGCCGAAUCUCGUCGCGCCGAACGUUCUGAGCGCAAUUCGUGCGUCAGCGCACCCCGAUUCUUCGCACCCCGAGCGGGCGGCAUUCCAAGGUACCCCUGAGGCAAGUGCUGUCCAUUCCGGCGGUCACGCCGGCGCUCCCGCCAGCCGUGGCCCGCUCGCUCGCGUUCGCCCUGCCGCCUCAACAGCAGCAGGAGGGGGAGCCCAAGGCAUGCAGAUGCGCGGGCCACGCCCGCCGUCGCUCAUCCUGCCCUCCCAGUGCGCCGCCCACACCUGCCGUGGUACCGCCGCCACCCAUGCUGCCGUCAGGGCCGCGCAGGCAGUCAAUGACCUUUCUGCCGCGGCUGCUGUUUCGCCCGCCGCGUCUGCUGACUCCGGUGCUUCCUCGCCUUCCUCAUUCGCCUCCUCCCCACCCGCUCCUUCCGUUGCUGCUGCCAGCCCGUCCGCACUCCCGCUCGCCUCCACCUGCGCUGAAUCCCCGAGGCUUUCACACCCGCGCUCUGCACAUACCGCCCCUUCCCCUCCUCCCUCCGCCUCCGCAUCUCCGCGCCUGCUCCAGGCGUCCCGUCCGCGCGCGCCCAGCGCGCACUCGUCUCCGCGUCCCUGCAUUCCCGAGCGCACUGCGCAGUACGCCUCCCACGACCAGGCGGACCUUCCCCGCGCGGCGAGCUUCCACCAUCCGCCCGCCCGCCGCCGCGAGUGUGGCACGGGGCGGCAGAGGGGAGCAGGCGAGUCCAUAUGUCUUGCUAGUCCAAGGGCCAUCUGCAGUCAAAAGGCCCUCACUGCUCCGCACAGCAGCCCACAGCUCGUCUCCGACCCAAGGGUGCUUGACAGCCCUCGGUCCCCCUCACACUCGCGGUCACAGUCAGCCCUGAGCAGCCCCACAGUCUGCCACACAGAUCCCAGCAGCUCAGCAGACACAGGGCUGUGA